AUGGAUGACACAGAUAUCGAAUACAAACCCUUAGAAGCCGUACGCGUUGGUGAGAUAAUCGUCGGUCCGACUCCAGGCCUUAGGACCGUAAACGAGAAAAUCGGAUUCUUAUGGUCUGCCAUACCAGGAGGUCAUCACGGAGACACAUUUCACAAACAGAUCGUGGUAGGCCGCGAUAACGCCCGGGGUCGCCUGAGAACAGUGAUGAUAACCAGUCUCGGGAAGACCUACAUCGGAAAGUCUAUCUCAGAUAGGUACGAUGACAUACCAGAUCAGAAGAAGCAAGAAAUCACAAGGGAAGAAUGGAUGAAAAACAUAAGAUACUUUGUACCUCUAGAACCAACAGAACUCGAAACCGAUCCUACACACAUGUAUGAGCAACCUCAAGUGAAGGUCCAGUACAAAAGAGGACACGACAUAUUGAAAUUUGCACAUUGGGCAUUUGUUGCAAAGAAAUUCGCUGUUGGACCACUUGACUGGAAAGGACAUCUCGGUGAUGGCAAGUUUGCAGUAAAGAAGGAUAUUAUGAUUCAUGGGAAGUCAAUCGAGAAACUCAACCAACUAGUGAACAGCAGACAACAAGAACUAGAUCCCACAGAAACCGGUAGAGCAUUUCUGGCGGUUGAACAGACCACGUCUGAAGAUAGAACGCAGUCGACAAUCGAUGUUGGAACAAAUACGAGUGCUGCUCGGCGGGAUUCAGCAAAGGACGCUCAAGACAAAGCAGUGGAUGGCCAGAUAGGUCGAGAAACUUUGAAAGUUCUUGGUGGAGAGGUAGUAACAACCAAAGAGAGCUAUAACAACGUCCUCCCUAAUUUCCUAAGUAACGAUAACGAAUAA